AUGACCUCCAAUUUGUCGAUUGUGGGAGCAGACGGCGGAGAGAAAUGGGAGAGAAGGGGCGGAGUAGAAAUGAACAUCCAUUUUGGAGUGUGUGGGAAGAUGGCUCUUGCAUGCGCUCCGCCAUUGUUAAACCUCAAGCUGUCAAGCAAGUGCCCACCAACGGCCCAUUACUGCUCUUCCAUAAAGCUCGCUCCUUUUACUACGAUCGCCGCUAGAAGAGGUGUUGACCUGCGCCCUAGAAAACCCCACAUUGUGCCCGAUGUUGGUAAUAGUGUUGGAGUGCCUCGUUUAAGGUCUGCUGCCAAACGAAACUCGAUCAAGGUGGGGGCUUCUUCUUCUUCUUCUUCUUCUUCUUCUUCUUCUUCAGGUGAAGCUGAUUCGUCUGAUUCUGACACAGUACUGCAAGAGGUUUUCUCUUGGUCUUCAGUUAUCUUACCAUUUAUAUUUCCAGCAUUGGGAGGCUUAUUAUUUGGCUAUGACAUUGGUGCGACCUCUGGAGCUACAAUCUCGUUACAGUCACCUGACCUUAGUGGCACGAAUUGGUUCAACCUUUCGGCUGUUCAGCUUGGUUUAGUGGUUAGCGGCUCUCUUUAUGGAGCUCUUAUUGGUUCUGCCAUUGUUUACCCCUUGGCUGAUUUCCUUGGACGGAGGAGAGAGCUCGUCAUAGCCUCCAUCCUCUAUUUGAUUGGUGGUUUGUUAACUGCCUAUGCUCCUGGCCUUGGAGUUCUCUUGGUAGCCCGAGUUCUUUACGGUCUUGGCAUUGGCAUUGCAAUGCAUGGGGCACCUCUCUACAUAGCAGAGACCUGUCCAUCUCAAAUCAGGGGAACUCUAAUAUCCUUGAAGGAGCUUUUCAUUGUGAUGGGUAUAUUGUUGGGUUAUUUUGUCGGAAGUUUCGAAAUCAAUGCUGUUGGAGGGUGGCGUUUUAUGUAUGGAUUUAGUGCCCCAAUUGCAUUACUUAUGGGGUUGGGUAUGUGGCGUCUCCCGCCAUCUCCAAGAUGGUUACUCCUUAGAGCUGUUCAGGGCAAAGGUUCUUUACAAGAAUUUAAGGAGAAGGCAACUUUUGCCUUGAGAAGACUUAGAGGGGAGUUAAGUGAUGACAAAGUGUUUGAAACUCAAAUCGAAGAUACUCUCCUUUCCUUGAAAACUGCAUAUUCUGAUCAGGAUUCGGAGGGAAAUUUUCUCGAGGUUUUUCAGGGGCCGAGUCUAAAAGCAUUUAUAAUUGGUGGAGGAUUGGUCUUUUUUCAGCAGGUUACGGGACAACCGAGCGUUUUGUAUUAUGCAGGCCCAAUUCUGCAGUCUGCUGGAUUUGCUGCAGCUGCAGAUGCUACAAAACUUUCAGUUGUUGUUGGAGUAUUUAAGUUGCUCAUGACGGGAAUAGCCGUCUUGAAAGUUGACGAGCUCGGGAGAAGACCCUUGCUAAUCGGCGGUGUUGGUGGGCUGGCUUUCUCUUUGCUUCUGCUUUCGGCCUACUACAAAUUUUUGGGAAGCUAUCCAUUAGUUGCUGUAGCAGCUCUGCUUCUCUACGUCGGUUGUUAUCAGAUAUCAUUCGGACCUAUCAGUUGGCUGAUGGUCUCAGAGAUAUUCCCGAUUCGCACGAGAGGAAAGGGUAUUAGUCUUGCAGUACUCACAAAUUUCGGCUCGAAUGCUAUUGUAACCUUCGCUUUCUCACCUCUGAAGGAGUUGCUUGGAGCGGAAAAUCUUUUUCUUCUAUUUGGGGCCAUUGCUAUAAUUUCACUGGUAUUUGUGGUAGUCUAUGUGCCUGAGACCAAAGGCUUGAGCUUGGAAGAUAUUGAAUCCAAAAUAUUGAAGUGA